AUGCGACUUCUAUCACGUCGGUUCAGAAAGGCUCGGCCGAGCAUUUUGUUCCUUGUAAUUCUCUUAUUUGCCAUCAUUGCUCGAGUGUCAGCGGAGACGGCGAGUGACAAGACUACGGAUACCGUUGCCGACGCCCAGACCACCGACGAUCGCUCCACCACUGAAAGCACCCCUAGCGUGACUAGCAGCACUGAAUCGACUACUGAAUCAACCUCUUCCACUACGUCAACGUCGGAGAAAUCUACAAGUACAACGUCGGAGUCCUCGACUACUUCCACUACCAUGGACUCCACAACCACGACUUCCUCGACAUCGUCGUCUACGACAUCUUCUACCUCCUCCUCCUCCACCUCCACUUCAUCUGACAGCACCACAACAACAUCAUCCGUUUCCACAACAACGACAUCAACAUCCUCAUCCUCGACCACAACUGCCGCCGCAGUUGUCACCGUACCCCCAACUGUCGGAGCGCCCUAUUUACAAACAUCCAAUACGCCCGAGGGAACCGUUUUUAUUGCUGUGGGAGCCAUCCUCGGCUUUAUUGCGCUGGCCGUCCUCGCCUGGCGGGGAAUGGUGGCAUGGUCCGUGAAUCGCUCAGUACGGCGCGCAGCCAUGGCACAAUCUGCCGAGUCGAAGCGCCUAUUACGCCACAGUCGAAAGAAGCGCUCUACAGCCGUUUAUUCCGCCGCACCAGCAAUGGACGUCUCGCUCGAUAAGCUUGGCACAGCCACUCGCGCAUCAUACAAGCCAUCGCGACGAGUCCCCAGCAACAGCAGCGGACUGUUCUAUUCGCCUACUGCAGGUAAUGCCGGUGGAUCGAAUCCUAAUGUAAAUGCCGCCGGCGCCAACCGAAACUCAAGCUACCUCCCCGCCGGCUUCUACGCUGCUACUGGCACCUCCACGCCAACUCGAGACUCUAUCAACCCUCAUGCUGGCAUGGUGUCACCCCCAAAUUACGCUGCAAGCUCGCCAUCUCUACCGCCAACAGGUGGUUACCAAGAUAAUCCUCAUAACUCGCGACAAUCGUAUGCAGCUGCCUCGAGCAGUUCGUUAAACUUGAACCAGAACCAGGCUCAGGGCGGUCGCGCACCAAGUGCGUACUUGGAAGAUCUGUUUGAAAACCAUACAUCGCCUCGCAAUAGCGAGUAUGGUCGUAGGUAA